CAGCUGCUCGUUCUUGUCAAUGGACAGCUGAGAGUCUCAGGUGGCGGAGAAGGCAGCGGUGGAGCUGAUUUGUUCUCUAGUGUGACUGUGGAUCUCCGGUCCUGUGCGCCCCACCACCGCUCCACUGCUUGCCCCAUCAUCCUCCUCCUAAUCAGAGCUACUAACUGACUGUGGACCUCUGUUCACUGACAUGUACCCAGGACUCCUUCUCCUCUUCACCCUCCUGGCUGCUGGCUGCCAUGGGAAGCUGGUGGAAUCCUGCCCAACAAAUUGUGUAUGUCCCAAAGAAGCACCAUCCUGCGCCCCUGGCAUCAGCCUUGUGACAGACUCCUGUGGGUGCUGUAAGGUUUGUGCCCGCCAGUACAACCAGGACUGCAAUCUGAGACACCCAUGUGACCACAUCAAGGGGCUGCACUGCGAUUUUGGGGCUGACCCCUCAUCUCCUGCAGGCAUCUGUCGAGCAAAGUCUGAAGGCCGACCCUGUGAAUUUUUUGGCCAGAUCUACCAAAAUGGAGAGAACUUUCAGCCCAACUGCAAGCACCAGUGCACCUGCAUGGAUGGAGUGGUCGGUUGCAUGCCCCUGUGUCCCCAGGAAAUGGCCCUGCCUAGCGUAGACUGCAUCAAUCCCAGGCUGGUGAAGGUCCCCGGCCAGUGCUGUGAGGUAUGGAUGUGUGACAGCAACCACAUCUCCGAAGACUCAGGGGACCAAACUAACGGAGACGUAGAAGACUCCUUGAAGUCCUCUGAAGAGAUGGUAGAGCAAGAAGACGUUGAGCCAGUGUCCAGCAAUGAGCUCAUAACUUUGGUCCGCAAUGGGUUUAAGGUCGACCCAGGUCUUGGUCCCCAUCCACAACCUGAUCGUUCUAGCUGUGCCAUUCAGACCACAGAAUGGUCCCAAUGCUCAAAAUCCUGUGGCAUGGGCAUGUCUACCAGGAUAACCAACGACAACCCACAAUGCAAACUCAUGAAGGAAACUCGUCUGUGCCAAAUUCGACCCUGUAAAGACCCCUUACCAACAAAACCCAAGAAUGGCAAGAAAUGUACCAGAAUAAAGAAAGCCAAGCAAGCUGUGCACUUCACCUAUGCCGGCUGCACCAGCGUACGACGGUACAAACCACAAUACUGCGGCUCUUGUUCAGAUGGACGGUGCUGCACCCCCUCAAAGACCCGAACAAUGCGUGUUCGCUUUCGCUGUGAUGAUGGAGACACCUUCCAGAAAAGUAUGAUGUGGGUGGAAAAGUGUCGCUGUCACCAAAACUGCCCCUAUCACAGUGAGCUGUCUUACCCCCAUUACCGGUUACACAAUGACAUCCAUAAGUUCACAGACUGAGUGGGGACAUGAUAUACCCUUUGGACAUAUGGGGUGGUGGCUAUAAUCUAUGGCUCCCCAACUUUCAAACCGUUUCCAACUUACAGGGCCCGAUCACCAAGAACUUGGUGGUGAAGCAGGAAUGGUGCGUCUACACCCAAGUGUGGUCUAGAGACCUGUGACUUUCCAUUCACCAGUGUGGAAGCGUGGGAUGCAUGACCCUCGGCUUAGUCAUGGUAGCAAGGCAGCAUUGCUGACUUUUUCAUGGGUGAAGAAAACAGCUGUUUUUAGUUGUUAAAAUGCUGUAUAAAUUGAUAUUUUAAAUCUGGAGUUAAUUCACACGAUUCACAAUUACGGGAAAAUUCAGUAAACCUUUGUUGUAAGAACGGUAUUACAGAAGAAUAAGCUGGAGAUGUCCCACCAAGUUGGUGCUGGGUUGACCAGUUCUUGUUUCCUGGCGUUAUGGAGAAUAUAGCACUAAUUGUCAUGAAUUGCCUUUCAAACCAGCGUAGAUCAUUAUAUGUUUGGAUCUACUCAAAAGUCCCUAUGACUAAGGUUCUAAAAGAGUACCUAAGUUAGUUUCUAGUAUUGACUAGCAAAAUAGAGUAGUUAAUACAGUCACUUCAUGAUCUUGAGACCAGGAGUAGUGGUGAAGACACACGCCUCCACCGUAAAACUGUGUGACUCUAAAGCAGUGAUGGCGAACCUUGGCACCCCAGAUGUUUUGGAACUACAUUUCCCAUGAUGCUCAUGCACUCUGCAGUGUAGUUGAGCAUCAUGGGAAAUGUAGUUCCAAAACAUCUGGGGUGCCAAGGUUCGCCACCACUGCUCUAAAGCAUAGACCAGAGGCUCUUAGCCUUCCAAAGUAAAAACCCUAUCUGACCCAAAUCAGAUAUAUGAUAAUCUUGUAUGAACCUCAACUGUAGAAAAAGCAUCUUGAAGAAACUAUGAAACGGAAAGUGGACUAUAACUGACGUUAUGUCUAGUUUGCUGGAUGGAAGUGCUUAUGUAGUGAUGUAGUUAAUAAGAUGUCUAAUUAGACAAUGGUAAAGCUUUAUGUGCUAUCAGAUACAAGUUGUUACCAAUAAUUUGGUUCUUGGUCUAUACAAUGGGCUAAGAAGUUCAUUCCUGAUAAUUUGGCACCUAGCUGGCAUUCGGAUUGGGCUGUGGUUGGUGGAGGCAGCCUCACCCAAUUGCCCUUUUUUUUUUUUUUUUUUUUUUUUAAACAAGGGAAUUUUAAAAUUCACUUUGUUUUCUUGCAAAAGCACUUUAAAAACCUGCAUGAGAAAACCCUUUAAUUUGUCACUUACCCCACUGACCUCAGCAGUAGUUUUCAACCUUGCUGAAAUGAACUUCCCUCCAAAGAAGUGACCAUAGGAUCUUUAGCAAUAACGAUCUGUAUGAUAAAAAAAUCCUUAGAAUUAAAGAGAAAUUUAAGUAGAGAAUUUUAAUAAACACUUUGGUCUGGCAAAUAUUGCAUAGUACGACUACUGCACAAUUGUGGCAGAAAAUGACUAGUAAUCAGCAUUAUUAAACAAUCUUCUCUUAAACCAAAUUGAAUUAACUUUUAUGAAUUAUGACCAGUACAGGAUGACUUCUUAUUGGGUUACUGUACUUUGGGGUUCAAUUAUUGUGGAGAAUAUAUCAAAAUGAAAAAAUUCAUAAAACAAUUACACAAUCCAUAUUUUAAUUUGUUAAAAAUUGCCUGUCCUUUUCAAACUGCAACACUAUAAUGUUUCUUUAAAACUCAAUGCAAUAUGGCAACCUGGGAACUUUCUGUAUACAGUUCAUGUAGAAACCUCUCCGAAAAAUUUAAUUUCCUGUUUGGUUAAAAACUUGUUUUUGGUGAGACGUCUCCUAAGGGUUAAUCCCUUCAAAAGAAAUGCAAAUGCGGUAACUUUUCUCAUCAAAGUACAGAAAGUGCAUCAGAUGAAAUUGUUAACUCCCAUUCAGAAUAGGUGUCCACAAGACGUGGUGGAAUAAACCACUUUUUAUUCAGAGUAGAAAAAGGUAGAAAUUUGAAACAAACUUUGUUUAAAAGCCCAGCACUGUACAUUGAUCACCUAGAGCAGGGGUCUCCAAACUUUUCAAACAAAGGGCCACUUUAUUGUCCUUCAGACUUUAGGAGGGCCGAAUUGU